UCGUUUUGGAUAGACAUGGCGCCGCCACAGGAACAGGACUACAUCGGGUUGUCUCCAGCGGCGGCGGCGGCCACGGAGCUGCGCUUGGGGCUUCCGGGCACGGAGGAAGCGGACGGCGGUGAGGCUGCGGCGGGGACGCCGCUCACGCUGGAGCUACUGCCGAAGGGCGGGGCCAAGCGCGGGUUCACGGACGCCAUCGUGCGGCGGGAGGCGGCGGCAAGGGGCAAGGCGCCGGCAGAGGACGAAGAGGUGGACAAGAAGAAGACGCAGGCGCCGGCGGCUAAGGCACAGGUGGUAGGAUGGCCACCAAUCCGGAGUUACAGAAAGAACACUAUGGCAAUGAACCAGCCCACUCUGAAAACCAAAGACGAUGGUGAGGCUAAGCAGGCACUAGUACAGGAUUGCCUCUAUGUCAAGGUUAGCAUGGAUGGUGCGCCAUACCUCAGGAAGGUGGACCUUAAGAUGUACAAAAACUACAAGGAUCUCUCGUUGGCACUGGAGAAGAUGUUCAGCUGCUUUACUGUUGGCCAUAGUGAAUCUAAUGGGAAAUCGGGAAGAGAAGGACUAUCUGAUUGCCGACUGAUGGAUCAUAAAAAUGGCACUGAGCUUGUUCUCACGUACAAGGACAAAGAUGGAGAUUGGAUGCUUGUUGGUGAUGUUCCAUGGAGAAUGUUCACGGGCAGCUGUAGGAGGCUCAGGAUCAUGAAGGGGUCAGAUGCAGUGGGCCUUGGUAAGUACAGCUCCUAGAGUCUCUGACAAGAGCAAGAAUGGUUAACUAGGAAGGAUGAAUGUGAUCUGCUCCCUGCAACCACAUCAUACUCUUACAUGUAAGGCCCCAUUGUUGAAACUACAAGGUAAAUGGACUUAAGUUGUGAGAAGGGGAUUACUUACAUCCAUGUGUACCUCUAUGAUUUGGACUCAUAUGUUAGAUUGCAAACAUAAAUUGUGUGUGUAAGUCUGCUGUAUGUCUGCCUAUCUGACCGUGGGUCGUAGUUUCUGUUGUAAAUGAUUGUUUGCUGUAUGUUGCAACCUUGUUUUGGAGUGCUGCAUUGUGCUUGCUAAUGCCCA